AAAGUCUUUUCAAGAUUGUAAUUUAAAUAUAUACAUAUAAUUAAAUUAAAAAUUAAAAUUAAAUAUUGUAAGCAAAUGAAAAUAUAUUUUUUAAUAUAAUUUAAAUUUUAAAACUUUUAUUUGUAUAUAUACAUAUGGUGCAUGAAAAUACCUACUAUCUCCCAUAUUUAAACAGUAAAAUGUACUAGAUCUUUGCCCUCUUUUUGAUAAGAUGAUGUAUCAGUAAUUAGCUCCACCUCAUUAGUUCGAUUAAGGCAAAUGAUAACCAAAAAACAGUAAAUAAAAUGUUAAAAGCAAUAAUGGUAACAAAAUCAUUUUGAUGCAUGAAUGAUUACAAAAACAAAGUUGAUCCAAAGCCACGUUUACCAGUUCAAGGCAGACAAAUCUACCAGUAUUAUAUCUAACCAUAAACUUACAACUUCUGAAUUAUCCUUUUUGUUUUGUUCAGUUUAUAAAACUCAAAGCCUUCCACAAUUAAUGGAGUCAUAAGCUGAUCUAGAUAGAGGUUAAUAGAUUACAGAAAACAUGCAAGAACUUACUUCUACGUUCGUCUCUCGUUCCCUCGUCCCGACCACUUACACACGACCUCAACUACGACCAAAGUCAAUAGUUACCAUGACCGUUUGCAUGGACCAAUCACGCAAGGAGAAAGUGGUUGUCAUAAUGGGAGCCACGGGGACAGGCAAGUCACGUCUCUCAGUCGCCCUAGCAGAUCGUUUCUCCGGAGAGAUCAUCAACUCUGACAAAAUGCAAUUCUACAACGGACUGGAGAUCGCCACUAAUCAAAUCACUAUUCCUGAGCGGUGCGGAGUCCCUCACCAUCUACUCGGCGAGCUUCCUGUAGAUGACAGCGAACUAACUGCCUCCGAGUUCCGCUCCGUGGCGUCACGGUCUAUCUCUGAGAUAUCCUCUCGUGGGAAGCUCCCGAUAAUAGCAGGAGGAUCUAACUCUUUCGUACAUGCCCUCCUUGUAGAUCGUUUUGACCCCGUAACCAAUCCAUUCUCUUCUAAGCCGUCCAUUUCUUCUGAGCUGAGGUACGAUUGCUUCUUCCUCUGGGUAGAUGUCUCGGUCUCAGUUCUGUACGACUACCUCUCAAAACGUGUCGACCAAAUGAUGGAGUCGGGAAUGUUCGAGGAGCUCGCAAGUUUCUAUAACCCUAGAAACUCCCGGUCCACAAUCCGAACCGGGAUUCACCGGGCUAUAGGAGUACCGGAGUUCGACCGGUACUUCGGAGUCUACCCGCCGGAGAAAAGACACAAUGUGUUCGAGUGGGACCAAGCGAGAAAGGCGGCGUACGAGGAAGCAGUGCAUGAGAUCAAAGACAACACGUGGCGGCUUGCCAAGAAGCAGAUAGAGAGGAUCAUGAUGCUGAGAAGCAGCGGUUGGGAGAUUCACAGGUUGGACUCUACGGCGUCGUUAAGGGCAUCGUCAAGAGAGGUUUGGGAGACGAACGUUUUGAGGGAAAGCGUCAAGAAUGUUAAACGCUUCUUGCUUAAAGACUAGAGGAUUUAUAUACAUAUAUAAUAAAGAAAACUUAUGUGUAGUCUGUUUCAAAAAAAAAUUAUAGUUCAGCUAGAUUUUAAGUGUCUUUAUAAGUUGGCUUGGGCCUUGGCUAUAUGUAUCAUAAUAAGCUUUAAGUGUACGGAUAGUUAACGGUAUAUUUUUCACCAUCAAUAAAACUAUAUCAUUGCAGU